GCGGCGGCGGCGGCGGCGGCGGCUGCGGCCCGGGAGCGGCGGCGGGAGCAGCUGCGGCGCUGGGAGGAGGCGGCGGAGGCGGCGCCGGGCCCGGGGGAGGCGGCGGCGAGGCCGGGCCCGCCCCGGGUGCGCUUCGAGCGCCAGGCCGAGUUCCGAGCGGUCUGCGCAGGCGCGGAGCUGGCCGAGGCGCGCGCCAUGGUCAUGGCGCCCGAGGGCGGGGGGCGCGCGCUGCUGGGCGGGGCCAACGCGGACGGGAUCAGCGCGCUGCACCAGGCGUGCAUCGACGAGAACAUGGAGGUCGUGCAGUUCCUGGUCGAGAGCGGCGCCGAUGUGAACCAGGCCGACAACGAGGGCUGGACCCCGCUGCACGUGGCCGCGGCCUGCGGGUGCCGCCACAUCGCUCAGUACCUGCUGGAUCACGGCGCGGACGCCGCCGCCGUCACCUGUGACCUGGAGCUGCCGCUGGAGGUGGCCGAGGACGAGGCCCUGGAGGAGCUGCUGAGGGCGGAGCUGCAGCGCAGGGGUGUGGAGGUGGCAGCGGCCAAGCGCGCCGAGGAGGAGCGCAUGCUGCGGGACACGCGCCUCUGGUUGGACUCGGGGCAGCUCCGCGAUUGUCCCCACCCGGCCACCGGGGCCAGCGCGCUGCACGUGGCGGCCGCCAAGGGCUACAUCGAGGUCAUGAGGGAUUUGGGAUUGGGGUUGAAAUUUGGGGGUUGGGGCGUGGAGGAGGCGUGCCGGCUGCUCUGCGAGCACCUCUGCGACAUGAGCCCCCAAAAUAACGUGGGGCAGCGUCCCUGUGACCUGGCGGACGAGGAGACGCUGCCGCUGCUGGAGGAGCUGCAGCGGCGCCAGAUCCACGUGAGCCCCCAAAACGCACAGAUUCACCCCAAAAACUGCACAGAAAAUACCCCAAAAACUGCACAGAAUCUCGGUGUCGCGCCGCAGCUCCCGGGAGAAGCCCCCAAAUCCCCAUUUCUAAUCUCGGUGUCGCGCCGCAGCUCCCGGGAGAAGCUGACGCUGCUGCAGGCCCGGGAGCGGGUGGGGGAGGGGGCGCUGCCCCCCCCCCUCAGCCCCCCGGGCGGGGGCGGGGCCGAGAGCGACGAGGGCGGGGACAGCGAGGGGGAGGGGCCGGAGGGGGAGCCCCGCCCACCGCGGGCCCCCCCACAGCCGGGGAUCCCCCCGAGGCUCCGCCCCCCAACGGCCCCGCCCCCCCGCUGCCGGUCCGGCUCCCUGGGGGCGUGGCCAGGCCCCGCCCGGGACACGCCCCCCGCCCAGGCCCCGCCCCCCGUGCGCCGCUCCGCCUCCUCCCCGCGCCUGCAGGCUCCGCCCACGGGUCCGGAGCCCCCGGCCGCCCCUCCCCCACCCAGAGACCCCCCAGGACGCUGGUGCCCCCCCCCCAGCCCCCGCCCGCCCGCCGCCCCCCGGGACCCCCCCGAGCCGAGGGUGCGCAGGCCGUUCCAGCCCCCAGCCCGGGACGAGGAGUCGGAGUCGCAGCGCAAAGCGCGGAGCCGCCUGAUGCGGCAGGCGCGGAGAGCGACACAGGGCGUGACCCUGACGGAGCUGAGGGCGGCGGAGCAGGGGAUUGGCCGAGCCGCCGAGGGGCGUGGCCAGGAGCAGCCAAUCAGGGACGAGGGCGGGCGGGAGCCGGCCGACCCCCCCCGGCUCCCCGCCCCCCCCGCCCAGGUGCCCCCAGGUGGGUCCGGCCCCUCCCCCACCGCGGCCUCGGAGAGCAACGGGCCCGAGGAGGCCCCGCCCCCCCCCAGCCCCGCCCCCGCCCCGCCCCCCAACGGGCUCCGCCCCCCGCCGGCCCCGCCCUUCGAUUACCAACAGCUGUUCCAGGAGCUUUGGGUUGAAAACGAGCGGAUUCGGGAGCAGCUGCAGGAGGCGGAGCUGGCGCUGACCCAGAGCCGGCUGGAGCUCGAGAGGGUCACUCAGGAGCGCCGGGCGCUGGAGCUGAAGGCGGCUGAGCUGGAGGAGGAGCUGAAGGCCCUGUCGGACCUUCGGGCCGACAACCAGCGGCUGAAGGACGAGAACGCGGCGCUGAUCAGGGUCAUCAGCAAACUCUCCAAAUGACCCCAAAACCCCCCAAAAAAACCCCCAAAACCCCCCCAGGACCCCCCAAAUCUGCCCCCCAAUCUGCCAAACCUCCCCGCGCGGGGCGGAGCCAAACGCACCAGGGGCGUGGCCAACAGGAGUGGGUGGAGCCAAUAAAAGGGGGUGUGGCCAAAGCUGGAGGGGCGUGGCCAUAACGGGGCGGAGCCAAGUUAAUUGCACUGAGGUAAAGCUGCCAAAGGGGUGUGGCUAAAACGGGGGCGUGGCCUGUGCGCGCCAGGCCCCGCCCCCACAUCUCCCCGCAUGCUGUUCAUCCAAUCAGACCGCAGGGGGCGGGGCCUCCUCGCACCCCGCCCCUUCUGCCAUCCCUCCCCCCCCCCGCGAAUAUUUUUGUGAAAAAAAAGAGGAAAAACAAAAAAGAGGAAAUAAUAAAUAAAG